CCGGUCUUCUCGUAAGAGGAAACACCUCAUUGAUUCCAUCUCUAACGAACAAGAAAACUCUUUCUGAACUCACAAGCAAUGGAUGACACCUCAGACUACACGGAGUGGUUUAAUGCUGUCAGAGGCGAAGGAUACUAUAUUGAUGGUGGCGGCCCAGCAUUCGAGGCUUACUUGUCAGGCAGGGUUCCUCCGCCGGAAGCAGCAGCUCGUGUUACCGAGAGAGACCCCAAAAGUAAAUUACGGGCCGAUGCUAAGGUCGGGCGAGUGUGGACACUUCUCUUGUUCUGCGCAGAGGAUUGUCUUGAAGCCCACCCCGCCAUCAUCGAGUUGCUCAGGCGUAUCGGCACACUUCCGAAGUCGACCGAAGAAGGAGGAGUGGACUGGGCUGGCAAUGAUGCAAGAACUUCAUGGGGAAGGCUUUGGAGAGAUGCCAAUGACUCACUCUGGUCGGACACCAUUUCAAAAUCAAGAGGAGCUCGUGCUCUAGCCACGAAUCCACUCUCUGAGAAAUGGAAGAAUUUCCAAGCCUUCUCAGCUGCUUGUGUACCAGCCAAGAUCAUGGGAAUGGACAAUGAAGUGUUCUUCGCGCUCAUUCUCAUCAUCUCCGUUUUAGAGAAGAAGCGGACAAUCCCAGAAUUGGAGAUGAAUGUUCCUGCUGCAGCACAAUGGUUUUUGAUUGCUGGAAGAACUAUUUUCAAUCAAAAAAUCGAGGAGAAUGAAAGCGUCAAUUGUGCGUGGGAUACGGAAAGUGAAUUGUGGAAGGGUAAAAGAGGGUUCAGCAAGGAGAGAUGGGCCAUUUGGAAAGAGAGGUGGGGAGCCAUUGGGUCUACGAGCGAUCUGAGCGAGGAAACUCGAGAGAUCUGCAGGAGGGUCGCGGUGACGAUGAAUAAGGUGGAAAGGAUGAAGAAGUAAAUGCCUUUGACUGAGGUACGAAGUUAAAGGUUCCUCCGAGGGUGUCAAUUUUCUCUACCUUACAGGGGUCUGAUUAUGACUCAAUCGCAAGUCACGUUUUUCAAAAAAGUCACGUUUUAGGAAAAGUGACGUUUUUGAGUACCCCUGCAAUAAUAAUUAUAAGAGUCAAUUCUUUUGAAGUCUUAAAGCAAUUGCGGC